AUGGACAACGAGCUGCAGGACGAGCUGCGGCCUAGCUCCUGCCCACUGUUCUGGGAUCCAGACAACUACAAUGUGAUGGUGAACCGCCUGCAGGAGAUAGAAGCAGCAGCAGACACACCCUCAGAUGUCAUCGGCUCGCCGCCAGUUCCCGCAACCGCUCAGCCGAUGUAUGACAUCUUCGAUGACCCUAUCGUGGAGCUCAUGGACUACAACGUGCUAUACGGCCAGCUGCCUCCUUAUUUUUGCGACAGACCUCAAAGAAUACUGGGCACUGGGCCAAUGAGGAAACCCGGUAAUGCAUUCUCCCGCAUCGUGCUGCCAGAAGACCUUCCCGCGUCUGCACAGCCUAAGCUGACUGUGAGCGUACACGUGAAGAUCAGAAACGAGAGGUGCAAGAUACUAGUUUGCUAA